AUGAAAGGAAUCAGCUCCAUCAGAUCAGUCAGGAGCUGCUAGGAACAAGCUGUGUGCUGCCUCUCUGAUCAGAGCUUCACCAUCACCCAGGGAACGAGCAACAAGAGCCCGGCUCAGGAGGAGCCCAAGAACCUCCUUUACAACAUGAAUGACUGCUACUCCAAGCUGCACAAGCAGGUGCCGAGGAUCCCGCAAGGCACCAAAGUCAGCCAAGUGGAAAUCUUGCAGCAUGUAAUCAACUAUAUCUUUGACCUGCAGAUCGUGCUAGAGGAACAGGCGAAGAAGGGGCAAGAUCCUCCCUCAGCCGAAACUUCCUUACUCUCUUUAAAAGCUGCAGAGUGGGCAUCCGAACUUUGCUCAAAAGAGGAGAGGAAUCUCUGCCACUAACCUCUUAAAACAGACUGCAAGUGUGGGAUCCUGGCACUUGGUUCUCUCCAGUGAGACAGGUGAUAGAAGAAGAGA